AUGGUCUACUCCGGACACUGUCUUUGCGGCCAGGUGAAGUACACCAUCGACGCCGACGCGCCUAUUAUUACUGGCUACGACCAUUGCGAUGACUGCCAGCGCCAAUCUGGCUCAACCUACUCUCUUGUCGCCGUCUUCCCCAAGGACAAGGUUAACAUCACCGGUCCCAUCAAGAAGUGGAGCGGUAAGGGUUCCUCUGGGAAAGCCGUCCAUCGUCUUUUCUGCGGCGAGUGCGGUUCUCCCAUCGCCCAUGACCCUGAUGCGGCACCCGAGAUCAUUGCCAUCAAGGGCGGUUCUCUCGACUCCGAGCAAAAGAAGAAUCUGAAGCCCGAUACCGAAAUCUGGACCGUCGGAAAGCUACCCUUCUGCCAGGAGCAUCUCGCGAAGCCGUUCACUCACAUGCCUGAAUAA